CCGAACGUUGCUGGAACGUUUUUCUGUUGGGAACAUCAACAUAUUGUCACCGUUGCUAAGUUGUUGUAAUGGCGGCUCCCGGCAAGCAUCGAUCGAAUGCAACAGAUUCUGAGACUGUUGCGAAAAAGAAACGUUUUCCUGGUCAUUGGAGCCAGGGAUUAUUGUCUUCCAUGGAAAACCCAGAGUUACGUGUAGACAGCGAUGACCAGGCUGUAGUUAUAAAAGAUAAAUACCCAAAGGCUAAAUAUCAUUUCCUAGUUCUUCCAAAAAUGAAGAUUUCAAAUUUGAAGUCUGUUACCGGAGAUCAUGUCAGUCUUCUCAAACAUAUGCAUAAAAUGGGAAGUAAGAUAGCCAAAAGGAGUGAUGAAAAUCUCAAGUUUAAGAUGGGAUACCACAGCAUCCCUAGCAUGGGCCAGCUCCAUCUUCAUGUGAUCAGUGAAGACUUUUGCAGUCCAUGUUUAAAAACUAAGAAACAUUGGAAUUCUUUCACAACAAGUUAUUUCAUAGACUCAACCGAGGUUAUCGAAACAGUUGAGAAAGAAGGCAAGCUCUCAGUUGAUGAAACAUUAAACCAGAAAUUACUGAAAGAAAAUCUAAGAUGUCAUGUAUGUCACAAGGAGUUCACAACAAUGCCAGCUCUCAAACAACAUAUCACUCAACAUGAUUAUUCCAGCAAAUAAAUCUAGCUUCAUAUAUUUACGUAAUAAAGUAUAUAAAUGUG